UAUUAACAAUCCUGUUCUCGUUUAACUAUCUAUUUCGUAGAUGGUGCAGCAAUGCCAGACGCAUGCCAAGAGGACGCCAUCAUGGAAUGUCUGGAAAAAAGGGUUGCAGUCAUUGAAGAAGCAAAGGCGCUAACAGAUUUCAACAACCUUUACAAGGCCAUGUGCACUGGGAAGAAAGAGCCUUGCACCGACUUCCAUGCACGUCCAGACUGUCCAAAGGACAAGAAGAUGGCACUGGUUCUUCAAGAGAGCUCUUGGGUAGCAGCAUUCGACACCCUCUGUCAGAACCAGGGAUCCUUUCUCAAGAAACUGCUGCUUACCUUCCAGUGCUGGAACCCGCACACGUUCCUCAGCUGUGUCGAGCAACUCGCACUGACGGCUACGCGUCUGGACUUCUUCACUGCCAUGCCGACUCAAAAGGAUUUGGAGAUACUGAAGGUGGAAUUACCCAAGUGCGUCGACCGCUCCCGGGAAAACAGCACGGAGUGCGCACAGGCCGACGUGGAGCCCGUUGAAAGAGUUAUCGAGAGUUUCAUGGAACGCGCGGUGCCUGGAUACAGCGGCGGCGGCAAAGGAAGAGGCAACAUGGCCACGCAAGCCGGCUCGAGCUUCGCUGCCAUGCUGACCAUCGUCCUAGCUUUGGCUUUCACGAGGCGUAACUAGAGUUGAUGCCGGGAACAAGGACUGGCCUGGGAGCAAGUACGACAUAGCAAGUGCAAAAGUUGCGUACAUUUGCGAAGCCGUAUUUUACUUGUGAUGUGUUCAGAACGUAUGCUGUCCGUGCGUUCCCCUCAACUCAUGUACAUUGUCAUUCUAGCACGGUAACAGUGAGAGACGUAUUGACGCGUGUCGGAGCAGAUACAAAAAAUUAGGGGCAGCUUCCCACUAAGUGGUGCGAAGACUGGGCAGACAGCGAAGCUGGUGCCCCUUUCCCUAGCUUUAACUUUGCUUUCGUUUGCUUAACUCGGUUUGGCUUGGCUGGUUCUUAGCUUUGUGCUUGCUUUCCUUCGCUUAACUUGGUUUGAAUUGGCUGGUUCUUAGCAUUGUCUUUGCUUGCCUUUGCUUAACUUGGUUUGGCUUGGCUGGUUCUUAGCCAAGCUUAGCCGACCCCAAGUAUCGGGACGAUACUCGGGGUCGGCGCACAGUCUUCCAAAGGCCACUUUAUAGUCCGACGUGCCGUUGACGCGCGAGUGCGCUCGGCACGGGGACGCCACGCCAGCGAAAGCGCAGCUUUCUAUAGUCCGGCGCGAGGCGUGGCCGACGAAGUUCGAACGCCGGAUACGUCGGCCGCCCCUCGUGCUGUGGCGAGGGUAACCUGGCGGAGAGUGGUAACCUCGCCGAGCGAUGACGUCACGUGUGUCGUCUAGCAACGUAUCGCACCAGCUGUGACGUCAUCGUAGGCGCAGUUUUCUGCUAACGCUCCACGGACGAACACUCACACGUCUGAGCAUGCUAUGCAAGCGCCCUACCCAGGACAUGCGGAAAACGUAUGCUGGGACACUCUGUGUAAACGUGUGCAAAAUUUCAAGGAGAAAAGCUUAGCCGCUAGCUUUCAGCAAGAACUGUAAAACUCAAUUUACUGCUCAAGGCAGUGUUAGCGUUUGGGACUAUCCUACGUCCCCCUAUGCCCCUACAAAUUUGAAGUUUGUCCCCCAGCUUGUUCCUCGCGAAAUUAAGUUCAUUCCUGGAAAGUACUUUUAUACUUUUACACUUAUAUACACACAAUGGUUUCGAAACGGCGGGCUCUCGAACACACCGUGGAGCCCCAAAAUGCCAUUAUAUUUGGUAGUUUCCCCACAACGGCCACUAAUUGCUCAUCCACCUCUAAUAAUGCCCACACCUCUACCUCAACACUUGCUAUGACGCCCACAAAUAUCAUUUAGCCUAAUUCGAAAUGCUCUUUCAGAAUGAUUUCCGUCGGCAUGUCGAGCGGGCAGAAUUUUCAUGGGUGAUUUGGGGCGGAGGUUUUCCACCGCAUCUAGUUGCACUAAUCGAUUCGCUGUAAAAUGGCUCGGCUGCAUUUAGUCAAAGUAUAUGACUUGAUGCUAAUGGGACCAUCUCACGACCACAUAGCUUCUUUACCACGCAUGGCAAGCAGCACUCACGGCAAUGCCUGUUUUCGAACCGUGCACAAUUCCUUGGGUACGAAUUCCGUGCAUAAGCUUUUCGUGACUUGAGAUUACUUAUUCUACACGUUAACAAUGACAAGUCGCUUAUUCCGUGAAAUAGGUGUACCGAGUUCCUUACUGAUCACAGUACCGCCUGUAUAUAGCUAUGAUAUUGAUUUUCUGCAUAAUUUAUGCUGUUGUCAUCAACAUUGUUGUAAAUAAAAGAUUCAUGCUUUAAGUUAUGUCUUUGUGUUAUUCAUGCG